AUGGAUCGCAGCGAAAAUUCUUUGCGCGGGGUUACAAACGACGAUUGCAGGAUUAACGACCUCCUUCAAUUAUGUGGACGAAAAGAUGCCGUGCGGCAUAGAGCUUACUACCCAGUGUUCAAUACAAUAACAUCGAAGCAAGUAGGACAAAAGGUGGACUUCACUCACACGAACAACGUGGAUAAUUUCCCGCUCAAGCAUUCAUUACAUAGGUAA